UUCAAAACCCAAACGGUCGCCAUCGCGUAAUUUUUGCUUGCAUGUGAUUUUUUGUUCAGUUACAUGAGUGUUGUUGCUUAAAAUUUAACGCAACGACAUUAUCGUAGGUUGCAGAUUGUGAAAAUUAACCUGAAGGUUUUAUCUGCUUUUAUUUAGUGAAGAUACACGUUGCCAUUCUGUUGAGCUAGAUUUGAUACAGCUAAGGACCGUUGACAACAAUGGAUUCCAGAGCGUCCGAUGUUUUGAAGAAACAAAGAUACUUGGCAGCUCAAACCCUGCAGAAGGCAGACGAAAUGCGUGAGCGAAGCCCGUUGAACGGGAAAAAUGUGUCCAGAGGUCGUCAGCUGCUCUCGCCUUCAACGCUGGAUCGGAACGAUUCUAGUGGUGGAUCGCGAAGCGAUAGCGAAUAUUUGCAGCAACCUAGACGAUAUAAGGCCAUAAAUAUAACCGAGCUGGAGGAAGAUAAAACGAUUCAUCUGCAAGCCACACCCCAGAAAAUGACCUUCGAACCGAAAGAGAUGGCAGCGCGAUCGACUAUGGAGAAAAAUUCCGCCGAUCAGGCUCGCAGGAAACUUCCAAUAGAACAGAUGGCUCCCGAGAUUCAAGCAAUUUUGAACGAAAGUAUUGCCCCGGAGAUUCGAGAGCUGAGCGGAAUGUUCGACAGGACGUCUGUGUCCAGCGAUUCGGCAUUGCAUCUUCUACAGUCGGAUGAUCGCCCGGACGUGAGUCUACCGCGAACGGCGGACAUGAGUCGGAUGUCGGCGAUGAGAGAAUCGAUUUCGUCCAUACCACAGAAAAAUGUUCAGGGAGAUUUCUGGGAUUUGCCGGCGGCGUCCACCCCCUUUGCGAAUAGUUGGAUGCAAAAGGAACUAUCCCAGUUAGAGGAAAUCAGUUUUCAUCCGGCGGAAGGCCAACAAUCUCGUCUGUUGGAAGAUGAAAUGGCUUGGGAGCAGGAGAAUGCCAUUAUCCCGGAAAUGAAUGCAAAGAAAAUGGUGAACGGUACAUCGCCGGUGGAGUUGUCAAAGUUGCCGCAGAAUCUUCGGAAUCAUGUGGACUUCUCUUGCUUCUCGGGAUACCUAGCUCAAGACGACCAGGAUUCGAUGCAUGCCACUCGAAUAGAGGAUAGCAGUUACUGUUCGGUAGGGGAAUACUUUAACAAAAUGUCGGACGAUUUGAAAGGCAUGAUUUCGGAAAGCAGUCCUCCUCGGCGAACGCCUCACCCAUUGGUGGAUUUAAGUAAUCUGGGUUCAUCGGGCGAGUCGGGCGGAAAGACUCCGAACAAACCUAGAAGGAACAUAACUAGUUCGACGGACAUAGACAAGGAAAAUUCGCUCAGUGUUUCAAAAAUUAUAAAAGCAAUCGAUUCGAUUCAUGUGGGGGACACCCCGACUGCAUUCAUCAGUAGACUCCGGAACAUGCGGAAAGGAAGAACUGAACAGUCAAAUGAGCGUCCUAGUGUGCCACCAUCCUUAAAGCAACCAGCGCAGGCUGCAGAGUUGUACAAGACUGCAUCGCUGAAGACUGAUAUGGCUUCGGUAACAAAAUCCCCGUCCUUUAUUCGUGAUCUGAGCGAGGCGAAAUCACGUCCUAAUUCUGAUAAUCUCUCCGAUACGGCAAGCUUCACUGAGUCACUGCUGGAGUCUUCCGCUUUUGUUCCGAUCGAUCAUCGUAUAAUGACAACAUCCAGUCCGAAGCUAGGCAAUUCCGUUCCACCAUCAGUAGCAAAGUCCAUGCAGAGUGAAGUCGACGGGACGUAUCGUGUCUCGACUGCGAAAAAACCACUUGUGAACACGUAUCGAGUCUCAACGGCGACAAAAAUGUCCGAGGAUCAACUUGAGCUGCCACCAAUUCCAAAGGUUCGGUCACCUCGUAAAUGUCAGAAGCAAAUACUUCUAGAUGUUCCUCCUGUGAAACCGAGUCGCAAAAGAAGAUCAAGUUCAGCGACCCGCCAGGAACUUAUGGAAAAUGAAGAGAAGCGCUUGGAUACAAUCCAGACUAAUCAAAAACGGUCCCGAUCGCCAACAAAUAUGGCAGAGUUGAAGGCAGUGUCCAAUCACUUGACGGUCUACACUGAAACGCCAAAAAGUACCAUCCCUUCGCAGCGUGCAGUGCAGCCGAAACUGAACAGGUCGUUCCUUUCACCGGAGCCUCGUCAGCGUGACGUUUAUGCAGACAAGUCACCAUUCACCUCACCUAAAUCGGUUGCUUCUUCAAGCGAUGAUCUGAGGGGAACCGAUCGAGUCGCCUAUUCCGAACCAUCCAAGUCACCUAAAAGGUACAAUUUACUUAGUUCCGCUAGAUCAGCUUCUCAGUUCUCAGUUACGAAUAGUGAAUACAGCCACAAGGACGGGACACUCCCUCUAAAAGCCACGCAUUCGGAGAUUUCCUGGGGAAGCACGAAGCUUAGGAAAAACGAGAAGAAAUCAAUGCAAAUCAAAAACAUCUCCAAUAAGAAAUUGGUUAUCAAAGCCUGCAUUACAGGGCCCGGUUUUCAGCUGUGCGGGACAGAGCAUGUCUUAACGCUUCACAGUCAGGAGUGCCGUACAAUCACGGUUGACUUCUGCCCCACCGUCAUUGGUCCAGCAGUUGGUCUUCUCAGCUUCCAACCGUCGCAUGACAACUACGCUCAUCAACGUGCCGUGUCACUCUUCGGUUAUGGUGGCGAGGCAUCCAUUCGAAUCGAAGGGAUCCAGAAAGGACCUACCGGUCCCUACUUGGAACUCGGUCAAGCCCGCAAUCUAGGACGUCCUCUUGAGAAAUCUUUCACUCUCUAUAAUAAAGGAAAUCUACCGGCAUUUGCCCGGAUCGGAAUUGACAAGAAGAAAGUCGAUCAGACCUUCCUGGCCUCCGCAGUGUUCGUUCAGCCACAAAAGGUCAUCAUUCCUCCGAACACGUACGUCCACGUCAAUGUUAUCUUCAAACCACGUCGCCAAGAAAUUGCCAAAAUUCUCCAGAAACAAGUCGACGUCCUCUCGAUUACGAAUCUUCACAUUAUGUGGGGCGAUGAGGCCACCCGUCAUCGUAUUCGUCAUAUUAUCAACCUUAUCAAACGGAACGAUCUGCAGGAAAACAAUCUCACCCCGUUGGAAUCCGUGUGCGAAACUUUCCCGAACGAACGUGAGUUCAGCGAACUGGAACGCUUUACGGAAAAUGUUUUCCAAACCAUUCACGAACUGUUUCUCACCUUCCGCGAGUACGAGUUGGUCCUGACGGUGGAUCGGGCCUUGGAUGAAACCAUGAUCGACUUCACGCUGACCGACGACAGUAGUGCACUGUUCAAAACAAUGUGCGUUUCUUCGGAUGCAGGUUCGCCUCGUCUGCCGGAGGACAUCUCCCCGGCCGUACUAAUGGCAAAAAGGGAGAGCGGUGAAUCGUGGAGUGUCCGGCCGACCUUCAUCGAGUUUACAUCCACCGAACGCACCAAGCAGUUUGUUAUCAAAAGCAACUUCUACACGACGCAGUUCUUUGAACUGAACUCAAAUUUUCGCCCGCUGUUCAAGUUCUCGCCAAUGGAAGGACAGAUCCGUCCCGGGCAGGAAGUGAUCGUCAAUGUCAACUUCCACAUGGGACCACCGACGCAGCAGCAGAUUUUGAUCGUGGUUUACAUUGAAAACGAAAAGAUCACCCUUCCGGUUUACGUCCGCCAUGGGAAUCGACGGGAGAUCGGUGCUGCGCAUUGAGGCCCAUGACUGCUGUUUAGAAUUUUAAAGUAUACAUUAUUUGAUAGAUUUCCGUUCGUUAUUUAUUUGUGCUUGCGUAUUGCUUGCACAGUGAUUGAUCCAGUGCACUAAUCGAUAUUUGCGUUUUCCUUGUAGGUAUUAAACUAACAACAAU